AUGGGGGGUAGUGUCUUGUGCAGUUGUCCAUUGGUGGCUGCUGUUCUCUUCUGCAGGGCGUUUUGUUUGUGGGUUCUUAUUCUUUCUGAAAACUCCCUGGCUUUCAAAAUUGGACGAAGCAAAGAUCCAACAACUACUCACCCUGAAGAUGCGAAUAAAGGAAAGAUAUGGAAAACCCUCAGCAAAUUGCCUACGCUGUCCAAAAUUAGGAUCUUUAGAUGGAGAGUGUGCCAUGAGGCAAUCCCUACAAGGGAAAAAUUGAAGAAGGCCCGACUGUCUGAGGGAUCAUGUCCCCUUUGUGGGAGUGAACUGGAAACUACGAUCCAUGCUCUUAAGAAUUGCCCAAAGAUGCGUGCCAUCCUCCAAAUCUCAGGACUCAAUCCCUCAAUCAUCGACUGGCAAGGGACUUCGUAUAAGGAUUGGAACAAAUGGUUGCAUGAUGAAGAGACGCAAGACGAUAGGGAUGUGAUGGUGGUCGUGUGGGGGCUUUGUGCUGAUUUUGUUAAAGCCAAUUCAAUUGGAACUUUUCCCACCCCCUCACAGAACUCGAUGAAAUCAACAUUUUGGAGUUGCCCUAAGACAAAUGGUGUUAAGAUUAAUGUUGACGGGGCUUUUAGCACAACAAAAGCCAUAUCAGUAAUAGGCAUUGUGGCCAUAGACCACAACGGGAUGGUGCUAGGGGGCAUGCGUCGACAAAUUACUCCACCUUUCACGACAGAAUCCACGGAAGUGGAAGCUUUUACACAAGGACUUAAGUUCGCAAUGGAGAAUGGGUGGAUGGAUACAAUUAUUGAAGGCGAUACGAUUUUCAUUGUCAACUGA